CAACAAUGGUGGCAUUACUGCAGACGUACAGCUUGAUCCAAUAGAUUCCAACAAUAUUGCCUUAAGUGAACCUAUUCACGAAAACCUCAAUGAUAAUGUCAACUUUAGUGACAGUAGUGGUGGUAGCUUGCCUCAAAAAUGCAAGCCGGACCCUAACAUUGAUAAAUCAGACUUACGGAAUGAUCUUCGAAACUGGGUUGUUAAUUGUUGCAUCAAUCAUAGCAAUGUUAAUGCUUUAUUGAAAAUUUUAGUUAAACAUGGACACGACGUACCUCUAGAUGCAAGAACUUUACUUCAAACUCCUCGAAAGCUGGAAAUUAUUGAUAUGAGUCCUGGGCAUUAUUAUCAUUUUGGUCUAGCGCAAGGUUUAGUAAGAAGUGUUGCCAAGUAUUAUUCAACUGAAAAUUGUCCGAAAGAAUUACAAAUCAACAUUAAUGUCGAUGGACUUCCCUUGACAAAAAGUUCAGGCAGCCAAUUUUGGCCUAUACUAGCAUCUAUCGAAACAGAUUUUUACACCGAACCCUUCAUCGUCGGUCUAUAUCAUGGUAAUGAGAAGCCUCAUGAUAGUAAUGAAUUUAUGAAGUACUUCACCGAAGAGUGUGAUAGGAUCAUUGAUGCAGGUUUGAGUAUAGGUAAUAAAACAGUUCCCAUUAAAAUUAAUGCAUUUGUUUCCGAUACACCUGCGAAAUGUUUCAUUACUGGAACCAAAGGGCAUAACGCUUAUUUUGGCUGUGGGAAAUGUGUGCAGGAAGGAGAAUUCAUUGAUAAUCGAGUGACAUACCCUGAGACAACAGCAAGAUUACGAACUAACGAAUCAUUUAGACUGAAAACCAAUGAAGAGCAUCACAAAAAAACAUCUAUCCUUGAAAACUUAUUUAUCGACAUGAUAUUAGAUUUUCCAAUAGAUUAUAUGCACUUGGUCUGUUUAGAUGUAAUGAAAAAACUGUUACAGUUUUGGAUCAAAGGAAACAAAGAUGUUAGAAUGACAAAUUUUCACCGUAAACGAGCGUCAGAUCUAUUACUAUCAUUAAAUAAAUCCAUAUCAAAAGAAUUUUCGAGAAAGGCAAGACCUUUGGAGGAAGUAGAUCGGUUCAAGGCUACUGAACUACGACAGUUGUUAUUAUAUACUGGACCAAUAGUAUUUCUCGAUAAUUUGCCGAGUGACAAAUACAAUCAUUUCCUAUGCUUGAGCGUUGCGAUUCGAAUUUUAGCGAGCCCUGAAUACCACAUAAAAUUGAACGAUUAUGCCAGACAACUGCUACAGUAUUUUGUUGAAUCUUUUCCAUUACUCUAUGGUCACCAGCAUGUGUCAUACAACGUGCAUAAUUUGAUACACCUUUGUAAUGAUGUAAAGUUGAAAGGGCCUCUAGAUAAAUUUAGUGCGUUUAAAUUUGAAAAUUAUAUGCAAAAAAUUAAAAAGUUAUUAAUAACAUCCAGCAAGCCUUUAGCACAACUUAUAAAACGUCAUCAAGAAGAAUGUAAAAUCAACGUCCAAUCUGAAAAAUUUGAAUAUCCAAUCAUAAAAUAUGCAAACAUUGAAGAGACCAGUAAUGGCAAAAAAAACAUUCAAUCUAUUCGGUAUCGUGAUUUUUUUAUAAGUACAAAAAUUCCUGACAAUUGCUGUUGCUUAAAAGAUGGUGCAAUUAUCGAAGUAUCGAGAAUUCAUCUCGAAAAUAAAAUAAUAUAUCUAACAGGUCAGAAAUUUUUAAACCCGAAAUCAUUCUUCAAAAUACCAUGUGAAUCUUCAAAAAUUGGAAUACAACUUGUUGAUAGACAGCAUCAACUUGUGAAAGUUUGCAUUUCCAACAUUAAAUUGAAAUGUCUAAAAUUCAAAUUAACCGAUAGUGAAAAUGUGGUCACUCCAUUGUUGCAUCAUUCAUAACACGUAAAGUAAUUAUAAAUAUCAUAGUAAAAACACAACGUCAUUCUUAAAUUCACGAUUUAUCUAUUUUAAAUUUCCCGCUUAGUCCCGCGUGUCACAAAUGUUCGCGCUCUCGCUUUUUCUACAGAUUUCCGGGCUGGCUGGUGGCCAUAUUGUUUUAUUACGCAUUUCGGUCGUAGCUCCCACGUGUCCAAGUAUUGAAGUUUCGCAUUAAAUAAUUUAAUUACUUGAAAUACAUAGAUCGAUUGAUCUCGAUUAGUGUUAUUGCGUCCAGUGCAGUCAGUGCAGUUAGUGUUGUACGCAGUCAUUACGUCAUUCUCACGAUAUAUUCGGACUUCAAUAAUCAACCGACUGAUCAGAAUUGGUUCUGCCGGUUACAUCUACACAAUCUAUAGAAACAUGCCGUUGCCCUACGCUGUUGUAUCUUUUUCAAAUGAUGAUUCUGACGAUGAACAAGUGACAUCUGAGGUCCCGAGUUGUUGGUUAACUCCCAACAAUACAAAAUGCUGGUGGCCUAAGACAAAAAACAUAAGUGCAUUCAUGGUUAAAAAAGUAUUGCCCGAUACUGAAGAUCCUAAGUGGGAAUUGUACGACGUCAUAUUCGAAAACUAUUUUGAUUUGAUGGCAACCCUGAUUAACAGCAGAGAUAGUGAGAGUUUGGAAAAAGCCAGAAAAAAAGCUGAGAGUAUUUCAUCAAGUGAUGAACAAAAUAUACCAGAUAGAAAACGGAUUCAAAGAAAAAAGAAAUCUAUGUCACAAAAAAAAAUUAUUGGAAAUUCAGACAGCGAACAAGAAAUGUCAUGCAGAAACAUGCUUAAAAAAAUUCCUGAUCUACCACAUAAUUACGUCACUAACAACAGCAUGCAGUUCGAUAUUGAAAAUAUUCCUGUUAUUUAUGAAGAGACCGAUGAACCAAAAGGUUAUCCAUUAACACAAACUAACAUGACUUUUGACUGUCAGGCACCCACAUCAAAGAAAUCAGACUCCAUUUCAAUUAGAACACUGAAUUGCAGUCCAGUAAAGACGUUUUGUGCGUUUACAAUGACAUCAUCAACCGAUAAGCCUCACGAAACAUUAACACAAAAUGAUUCACUUAAAACCACACGCAACGUCCCAAAAGUGUUAUCGCAGCAAGUACUUACCAAAGCUCCAAUUGAAACAGAGCAGAGAUUACUUGUAGCACCAAGUUCAUCACUACCAGUAUAUGAUGCAAUAACUACCUCUUUGCCAUUGUACACAUCUAACAGAUCAGAUGCGUAUACACAAGAUAGGUCCGAGUCUUUGGUACGAAUUAUUGAAGAUAAUUUUAAUAAAUUAUUCAAAAAAGUUGCUGAAAUAGCAGUAGAGGUAAAAUCUUUGACAGCAAGUUUGAAUAAAUUACAAACAAGAUUUCAUGAUGACACCGACACCCCUGCAAGUGCUGAACUGCUCAUGAUCACAGAUUCGUUACCAUUUCCUACAAUUGAUAAACUGAAGGACUUUGAAUACCAAUUGGAAAUAAAUGCUACCCUAAAAUCUAGUGUGGGAUCAUAUUUCAAACGAAUUGGAGGUAGCGGAGCAAAAGAUACUACAUUGCGUAUUCUUCGAAGAGUUUUCUCAAAUGCAGUGGCUCAGAAUUGUUCCUGGUUGGGCCUACGUGAUAAUUUUUCAGUCCAAAAUUUGGCUAUAAUAAAGAUCACCAAAGAUCUAUUUUUAUUUCCUAGAUGCAGUAAUGGUGAAUUAUAACAUGACGGACAAAGAAUUUGAAGAAACUUGCAGUGAGUGGUUCCGUCAAGGAAAACAAAGAUUUAUCAGAGAAGAGAAGGCGAAGGCCAAAGCACGAGCAUAGAGGAAGCACGAGCAAUCGCACAAGUUCAUACUGUAAAUUAA